AUGAAAAUCCAAUUUUUACCCUUAAUAUUAAUUUGUUUUACAAUUAAUAGUAUUGAGGUAUCAGUGGCUCUUCAUAGAAAUCUUCGAUAUUAUGAAAUACUCCAUGCCUCCAAUUUCGAACAUAGAGUAGUGAAACGUGGCGCACAGUACAGUUAUCAUCCUUAUAAUAAAAUAAGUGAAUUGGAUUUUUAUACUCAUGGAAAACAUUUUCGAUUAAUUUUAACUCCAAGAAAGGAGGUUAUUCAUUCUAAAUUUAAAGCUUACGAAGUAGAUGGCGAUGGACAGAGAAAGUCUGUGCAUUUAGAUCACGAGAGUUUCUAUCAUGGCAGAGUAUUUGGUGAAGUAAAUUCGCAUGCGCAAUUACACAUAGAUAAUGGUAUCUUAACAGGAAGUAUUACUGUAUCGGAUGAGAUCUACCAUAUUGAGCCGUCGUGGAGGCAUCUUCCUACUUCGGAUAAUAAAACAAUGAUUAUAUACAAAGUAUCCGAUGUAAAAUUAAGUUGGGAACAUUAUCAGAAUGGAGAGGGUCAUACGCACGGGGCUCCGAAAACCUGUGGUUACAUAAAAGAAGGAAAGGAAUCGCAUGAUGAAGAAAUUUUAAGUGAGAGUGAUUUGCAGAAAAUUGAGAAAAAAAACUGUAACAGAACGAAAAGACAGACUGAAACUUACGAGUAUACUCCAACAAAAACAAGGUGUCCAUUACUUUUAGUUGCUGAUUAUAGGUUUUAUCAAGAGAUGGGUGCCAGUAGUACGAAAACGACAAUUAAUUAUUUGAUAAGUUUAAUCGAUCGUGUUCAUAAGAUUUAUAACGAUACUUUGUGGCAAGAUCACAAAGAGCAAGAUGGUUUUAAAGGAAUGGGAUUUGUUAUCAAGAAAAUAGUGGUUCAUAGUGAACCGACACGCGUUAGAGGCGGUGACACGCAUUACAAUAUGGUCAGAGAAAAGUGGGACGUUCGCACAUUACUUGAAGUUUUUAGCAGGGAGUACAGUCACAAAGAUUUUUGCCUCGCACACUUAUUUACAGAUUUGAAAUUCGAAGGUGGUAUCUUGGGUCUUGCGUACGUUGGAUCACCCCGUCGAAAUUCCGUGGGGGGAAUUUGUACUCCAGAAUACUUCAAAAAUGGCUACACGCUUUAUCUCAACUCUGGCUUGAGCUCGAGCAGAAAUCAUUAUGGGCAAAGAGUAAUAACUCGCGAGGCCGACUUGGUUACGGCACACGAAUUUGGCCAUAAUUGGGGAUCCGAGCACGAUCCCGAUGUUACGGAAUGCAGUCCCAGCGCCAGUCAAGGAGGCUCGUACCUAAUGUACACCUACAGCGUCAGUGGCUACGAUGUCAAUAAUAAGCGCUUUUCCCCGUGCAGUCUACGCGCGAUUCGCAACGUAUUGCAGGCGAAAUCGGGACGGUGCUUCUCGGAGCCCGAGGAGUCAUUCUGCGGCAAUUUGCGGGUGGAGGGUGACGAGGAGUGCGACGCCGGUCUCCUUGGCACCGAGGACAACGAUGCCUGCUGCGACAAAAACUGCAAACUGAGGCGCAACCAGGGCGCCGUCUGCAGCGAUAAGAAUUCGCCCUGUUGCCAGAAUUGUGCUUUCAUGGGCCCGGGUGUUAAGUGCCGAGACGCCCAGUACGCGACCUGCGAGCAGGAGUCGCGCUGUACGGGUGCCUCCAGCGAGUGCCCGCGCUCGCCCCCGAUGAAGGACGGCACCAGCUGCCUCGAACGGGGACAGUGUCACCAGGGCAAAUGCGUACCUUACUGCGAGACCCAGGGACUGACCAGUUGCAUGUGCGACACAACGAGUGACGCUUGCAAGCGAUGCUGUCGCAUGGGCUUGAACGACACGUGCUUCCCCAUUGACCCGCAGGAUAUAUUACCCGACGGCACGCCUUGUAUACAGGGCUUUUGUAACAAAGGCACCUGCGAGAAAACCAUACAGGACGUGGUCGAGAGGUUCUGGGACAUCAUCGAGGAUAUUAAUAUAAAUAAGGUGAUGCGCUUCCUUAAAGAUAAUAUUGUCGGCGCCGUCAUUAUUAUAACUGCCUUCGUCUGGAUUCCAACGAGCUGCGUGAUAAGUUACGUCGACAAGAGGCGCGUUAAGGCCAGCGAUAAGAAAUACCGGUGGAAGAAUACCGAUCAGCUCAUACAUCCUGAGGAACAGAGGCGCGUCAUCUACAUUGGCACGCCUCGUCAAAGAUUGCAGAUCGUGGCAAAGCAAUCGUAAAGUCGCAACGCCCGCGAUAUUCACGUAGCUCCUAACAAACUGGACUAAUUCAAAUUAACUUGAUUAACGAAUCCCGUUAAGGGUGAAAGAGAGAGAGAGAGAG